CUUCACAGCACAAAAAAAAAAUCUCUGCAUUCCAAGCAAGACAAGACCUGAUAUUUUGAUUUUGUCUUUUGAUUUCAUUUUAAUCUUAGGCAGAAACGUUCUUUGACCGACUGGAUUAAAGCUCAUCUGUCGGCGAAAGCUUGUCUUGCAUAGAAGGAAACUGGUUACAUAGACAGACUUGUAACUUGCCUAAACAAAUCUAGUUGAUUCAAGUCAAUUGACAGUUGUUUCCAUCAUGAGCAUUCAAAGAGUCUCUUCAUUUGGAUCUUCUACUUCCUCUAGUUGGAAAUAUGAUGUUUUUAUAAGCUUCAGAGGUGCCGACACUCGACGGAACUUUACAAGUCAUCUUUACACUGCUUUAAUUCGAAAAGGAAUUAGUGUAUUUAAGGAUGAUAAAGAACUUAAGAAAGGAAAACCCAUUCCAUCAGAACUCCUGGAUGCAAUUGAAAAAUCAAGAAUUUCAAUUGUUGUAUUUUCAAAAGACUAUGCUUCUUCUCCUUGGUGUUUGCGUGAACUUGCUAGAAUUGUUCAAUGUAAGAAUACUUUGGGACAAAAGGUGAUUCCAAUUUUCUAUGGUUUGGUUCCAUCCGUGGAAAGGGAACACAUGGAAAACUUUGAUAAAGCGUUUGUUAAGCAUGAAGAAGAUUUUAGAGAUAAUAUAGAGGAGGUGGAAACAUGGAAGAGGGCUUUAACUGAUGUGAUCAAACUCCGUGGAGAGGAUUCGAAUGAUAGGGACGAGUCAGAGUUAAUUAAAGCAGUUGUGGAAGAAAUAUCAUGUGAAUUAAGUGGUCAACUGCCAUUCAUUAAUUUCAAGAAAUUACUGGCUGGAGUGAAUUCAUGUUUAGAGAAAGUACAAAUACAAGCAAAUACAAUCAAGGUUCAAUGGCGUGAAUCCACAAUGGCCCCACCUCUGAUGUUCCCUUUUUUUUUUUUUUUUGUUCGAUGUUUUAGAAUAACGCCAAAUAAGUUGCACUGCGUUCCCAUCGGUGCUUUUCCACUGUAACUUGACUUUCAAAACCAAACCACGUGAUUGUAAUAACAUUCUACCAAUUUAAUUAUAAAGGAGGCAGCUUACGUGGUA